AUGGAUUCCGGAAGCUCACAGCCACGUGAAGAAGGCGACGGCUUCUGCUCUAUUUCCGAUUCCGACCGCCAAUACAUCGAAACGCUAUUGCAAACCGAGCCCUCCGUUCAAUCCCAAGCCGACGCCGAUUCUGUCUUGACGGACGCCUGGUGGUUUGAAUCCGAGCGCAAAGACAUCAUCAAGUGGAUUCUUCGAAAACGGGUUGAAUUUGAGUACACAGCGCACACCGCGUAUCUAUCAGCUCUCUACUUCGACCGUUUUCUGUUAAGAAUUGAGAUUUCUGAUGUGGAGCAGAGGGUGAUGCUUCGGAUUCUGUCGAUAGCAUGCUUGUCGUUGGCUGCGAAAACAGAGGAGAUCGAGGCGAUGCCGUUAGGGGAGCACGUCGGAGAGAGGCACUACUUAUUUCACUUGAAUUUGAUCAAGAAAGUGGAACUGAAAGUGUUGGAGGAAUUGGAAUGGAGAAUGCACAUGGUCACUCCUUUUACCUUCUUCGACUAUUUUGCCGCCGUAUUUAGCGUUAAACGUAGUGAUCAUCGAGAUUUGAUCGGAAAAGCCAACGAUCUUGUUUUAUCGAUAAUGGAAGAUAUUGAUGUGGCGAGGCAUCGGGCGUCUGUGGUUGCGGCCGCGGCGGUUUUGGCAGCGCAUGAUGAGUGUCUAAGUAGAGAAGCAUUGGGGAGCAAGAUGGAUGAAGUUCCUUUUUGGGGUGAUGUUGAAAAAGAAAGUGCAGUGUCAUGCUACAGCAGGAUGCAAGGGAUUAUGGAGUUGGGGACACCAGAAUCGGUUGUUGUUUUACAUAAUGUUGCAAUUGCAGUUGAUGAUUCAGCAAGCACAAGCAGAGGGGUCAAAAGAAGACUUCACUUUGAUUUUUAG